AUGGCCGAGAUGGGGAGGAUGUUGUUGGACCACGGAGCGGACAUCGAAGCUGUUGAUGGAGAGGACUGGACGCCGCUCAUGUGCGCGGCGUGGCGUGGACACAAGGCCAUGGUGGAGAUGCUGCUGGAAAGAGGAGCCUACGUGGACAGGCGUCUACCCGACGGCGCCACCGCUCUCUAUCUGGCGAGCGAGUACGGGCAGCUUGAAGUGGCUCGAGCGCUGGUCAAGAACAGAGCGAACGUGAACGCGGAGAACGAAGAGGAAGUAACGCCCAUGGCUGUCGCGACUAUGAAUAACCACUCGCAGGUGGUCUCGCUGCUGCGACGUCACGGAGGGAGAUCAAAGACCCCAGCGGUAGUUGUGGUAAUCGGCCAUCGUCGCUAA